GUCUCCAGACUCUCCAAGUCUGUCCAGAACUUGAGCUGUGCCAAGGUGACUUUCUUCAGUUUGGGAAUUAUACAGAGUUCUCUCUCCAUAUGUUAUUAAGGGCAUGAUCUAGUAGCAUUAAUAGCUUGGUUUAUUAAUUAACAAGAAAUUGCAGAAAGACAAACUGCUGCCAAUAACCACAAACAGCUUGCCAUGCUGUGGGAAGGGAACAGCUGUGUCAUCGUAUUUAAAAGAGCCUGAGACUGAAGAAACACGAGUCCUUCUGGAGCAGGUACUGAUAUAUUCCAUAUUGCUGAGUUUUCCAGCAGCAAAUGAAAAAUAUGUAUUUAUUCCUCCUUUCCAUUUUACCUUUGUUUUUAAAAGUCACUGGCACCAAAGAUGUUAUAUUUGGUCAUAAUAAUUUCACAGAAUAUCAAGUGGGCAACAUGAACCUCAUUCUCUCUGUCCCACAUGGUGGGUCAUUGGAACCUAAAGACAUCCCUGAUCGAGAGGCUGCCUGUUGGGAUGAGAAGACAUCCUCUUGUAUUUUCUCUCAUGACUGUCCUCCUGGAAGUAUUCAAAAUUCCAAGAAAUGUAAAGUGUCUACCAACCAAGACAGGUAUACUAUAGAGGUGGCUCAGGCUCUUGCUGAAGAAAUCAACAGCAUUACUGGUGGCUUUUUUCCACAUAUCAUCAUAAACCACCUACAGAGGUUCAAGAUGGAUGCUAACAGGGAAAAGGAAGAAGCCUGCUUUGGAAUUCCCCAAGCAGAACAGGCCUGGGAGGACUAUAUGGGAUUUUUGACCACUGCAAAAUCACAGAUGUCAAGGGGCCUAAUUCUGGAUAUCCAUGGACAAGCACAUCCUGAAAGGUGGAUAGAACUAGGUUACACACUUUCAAAAACUUCCCUUAACUCAGGUGUUUUUUCUGCACUGAAUUCCUCAAUUAGCCAUCUGGCCAGUCAGCUGGUCAAUGUGUCUUCUGAGACUUUGGUUGCAGGGAACAGAAGUUUGGGUAAAUACAUCGAGGAACAAAAGAAGAGUUAUGUUUGUGUGCCUUCUCCAUCCAAUCCUAGCCCAAAUAAUGGAAACUAUUAUAGUGGUGGGUACAUAACAAAGACUUUUGGCUCCCGUAGUUCUGGCACCAUUGAUGCCAUUCAGCUUGAACUGCCCCAGUGGGUGAGGGCAGCUGAAGAGCGUCACAGAUUUUGUAAAGCACUGGCAAAGGCUGUAAUGAAAUUCUGGCAAACUAACUACUGCAGCCAGUACAAGCACAAACUUCUGUCAUGCUGAAAGAGGCUGUCUUGUUAAGAUACUUUUCCUUAAUAGUGAUCUGGAACAAUCAAACAAUUCAUUCACCUGGAACAUUUAAUCCUGCAAUAUAAUUGUGGAUGCUGGUAGAAAGAAAUCAUUGAUUGCUGAUGCAAAGGAGUGCAUCAACACAGAGGAAAUCCACAGUUAAUACCAACAAAUCCAUUAACACACAGCUUUGUACUAGACCCAGCAUUGAAAAGACUGCUGUAAGAUGAGUGGGUGCAAGUAUCGCUUACCUGUCCUUAAUUUCUUUGCAGUCUCAUCCUCUGUUUUUGAAGCACACGAUAAACAACUAAUCUUCUUCUAAUAAAUUUUCUGCAAUGCCUUAGUGGAUUAUCUGUUCAAAGAAA